AGUUAUCGUUAAAUCAUGAGACAACAGGGAUGGCUGCGCAUUUUGGCGUUUUUAGCGUUUUCAUGGGUAGCAUUUCUUUUGGUGACUGUAAAACUUGUUAGGCAACAGGAUUCCAACGACAUAGAUUCAUCUCAAAGACUGGCCAGGGCUCUUCGAGAACUUGAUAAACUACAUAGAAGCAAUGCUGAGCUUAAUGCUUUAGUAUUGGGUUUGAAUUACAAUCCGAAAAUAGACAACAAGAAAAUUCUUUUGUCUUAUUUUCAAAAUUCUAAACAAAGUGGACUUAAUGGUCCAUCUGAAGAAUAUGAACUUGCACGUCGUCGUAUAUUUUCAAACACUAAAGAACUUUGGUAUUACGUCAACUCUGAAUUACAAUCGUUGGUAAAAGAAGAUGAUGGUGUCCGAGUGGAACACAUUUCAAAAAUUAAAAACAUUAUUGGUGAACAUUAUAGAUCUUUAUUAAAAGAUGUAUCAAGUUUAGCUGAUGUCGAUGGUCAUGCAGUAUGGAGACAACAGGAAUCAGAAAAUUUAAGUAAUUUAGUUCAAAAAAGAUUGAAACAUUUACAAAAUCCAUCAGAUUGUACCAAAGCAAGAAAACUAGUUUGUGACUUAAAUAAGGGUUGUGGAUAUGGUUGUCAACUGCAUCAUGUUGUUUAUUGUUUUAUUGUUGCAUACGCAACAGAAAGAACAUUAAUUUUGAGGUCUAAAGGUUGGAGGUAUUCCAAAGGAGGAUGGCAAGAUGUAUUUUUACCACUGAGUGAUACAUGUCUUUUACCAAAUGGGGAAACAACUAAUCGGUGGCCAGGUCAUCAAAAUACUCAAGUUAUUACUUUACCUAUAAUUGAUUCAAUCAACCCAAGGCCUCCUUUUCUUCCUCUUGCAUUACCUGAAGAUUUAGCUCCACGAUUAAAUGUACUGCAUGGAGAUCCUGUGGUUUGGUGGAUAGGCCAAUUUCUCAAGUAUAUGCUCCGUCCACAACCAGCUACUAGUAAUAAACUAGAUGAAUAUGCCAAAAAAGUUAAAUUCCAAAAACCAAUUGUCGGUGUUCACAUUAGAAGAACUGACAAAGUUGGUACUGAAGCUGCAUUUCAUAAACUAGAUGAAUACAUGGUACACGUUGAACAGUAUUACAAAUAUAAAGAACUAAGUGAUAACAAAGUUGAUAAAAAAAGAGUGUAUUUAGCUACAGAUGAACCAAAAUUAUUUUCUGAAGCCAAACGCAAGUAUCCUGAGUAUGAAAUAAUUGGUGAUGAAGACAUUUCUAAAACUGCAUCAAUUAGCAAACGCUAUUCUGAUCAAUCGCUAAGUGGUAUCAUAACUGACAUACAUUUUUUGUCCCUUAGUGAUUACUUAGUAUGUACUUUUUCAUCACAGGUAUGUCGAGUAGCCUAUGAGAUAAUGAACAGUCUCCAUCCUGAUGCGUCAACUCUAUAUACAUCUUUAGAUGACAUUUAUUAUUACGGUGGUCAAAAACGCAGGCUCCAUGUAGCCGUAUUACCUCAUAAUGCAAAUGGRCCUCAUGAAAUGAAUUUACUGGUCGGUGAUGAGAUUGCUGUUGCUGGUAACCAUUGGGAUGGUUAUUCAAAGGGAACUAAUUUAAGAACAAAAGAAAGUGGCUUAUAUCCUACAUUUAAGGUGUCUCCAAAAAUUGAAACCGCUUCUUUUGCCAGUUACCCAGAUAUAACAUUAAGUACUAAUGAGUUACAAGAAAAAAAAAGAUAAAACAAUCCUGACAAUAUUAUAUAGACUUAUAAAAAUAGGCAAUAGUUAUGUGCUCAUUAAAGCCCAAAAAUUGGACAAUUAUUAUAUUUUACCUGAUAAUAUAUUCAUAUUAUAAUUUUAAAAUGACAAAACAUUUUAUUUAUUAA